AUGCAGGAACCGUCGACUCGGUGUCACCAAUAUAUGCUUUUUUUCGCAUGCAGCUAUUAUGCAGUGCAGGUUUGCAUUGCCAUCAAAACGGAACGGCCCCUCCACGCUCUGCAAUACGUGUUGUCCGUAGCGCUCAUUCUGGAGAGGCUGCUCAAUGCUCCUUCGCAGCUCUUCAUGACCUGCUUGAGAUUUACAGUUUUCGCCGUGCCAGACACAUUUGCUGGAGCUGCACGUCUUUUUCGUCAUCGGCUGCGCCCGUUGCAAGUCUGUUUGGGACCAUAUCUUCCCAUCCUGGUAACAUGGCGAGAGAUACCACAUCUAGGUGCCGAGAUGCCCAGGUCUGGUAGCAUCGAGUGGGUCACUAUAAGCUUCGGGGGUCUGUCGCUUUCCGUUUUAUGGACAGCCCUUACGUUUUACUCGCUUUUCACCUUGCGGGUGGUCGGUGGUGUGCUUCUGUUGUGGAUAUCACUAACCACAACGACAAGCCAAAACGCGUAUUUACUGCUGUUGGAUCCCUGUUUCGUCUUAACGUUGGGUUUACACUUUGUAUCGGCUGUGUUCUGUUGGCAAGUCAUGCAGGCACUGCAUUGCCGAGUUGGUGAAACAACCCGACUCGAACAGCAAACGCCCACAAAAGUGCUCCCAGAAUAA